UAGCGAUUUCCGCUCGAAGUGGUUUGCUAGAAUUAAGUAGGAAUUAGUUCGUCGGCUACAUCUGUGUGCGGUGCGGUUGAUUUGGUGGUGAAAAUAACACGACUGGAGAAAUAUUCAAAAAUGGACCCUGAAAAAUUAAUUGUUAUGUUAUUGUUGGAGGAAGAAGAAGAAGAAGAGGAACUAGUAAUGACAACCCUCAAAGAUUCUAAUAGACCAGUGGAUGAAUUAUUUUUGAGACGGCCUACAGAAGGUGCCUUCAAUAUAACUGUGCACAGGAGACUUUUUGCGAAUGAAACCAAAUUUAGGGAGUAUUUUAGACUCUCCACUGAUCUUUUCGCAGUCGUUUUGAGUUUUGUCAAGGACGACAUCAGCAGGAAACCUACCAAUAGGGUAAAAUGUCCCAUUUCUGCUGAAGAGAAGCUUUGUAUAACGCUGAGGUAUUUGGCAACAGGGGAGUCCUUCAGAUCACUAGCAUUCCAAUAUCGUCAACAUCAUAGCUGGAUUAGCGUUUCAGUUAGACAAGUGCUUCGAAGCAUUAGGAAACGCAUGCUUUCAACUUAUAUACCAAAACUGUCAGAAGACCGCAUGAGGGCAAAUGCUCAAGAUUUCAAUGAUUUGUGGAACUUUCCAAAUUGUUGUGGAGCCAUCGAUGGAAAACAUGUCCGAAUACAAUGUCCAAAGAAUGCUGGGUCACUUUAUUACAACUACAAGCAGUUUCACUCAAUCGUUCUGCUGGCUAUAAUCGAUGCACAUUAUAGGUUCAUCGCAAUUGAUGUUGGUUCGUAUGGGCGAGAAGGAGAUGCAAGCAUCUUCGAAAAAUCGAAGAUGGGAAAGGAUAUCAAAGAUGAUAAUUUCAACAUCCCACCUGCAAUGAUUCUUCCAGGAACAGAAAUUUCACAACCUUGCGUUAUUUUGGGAGAUAGUGCAUUCUCCUUGACAAAAAAUAUUAUGAAACCUUAUUCACAAAAAGAUUCCCUUCAUGACCAGGCAAAGGCUGUGUUUAAUUACCGACUCAGCCGUGCACGACGUACUUCCGAAAAUGCUUUUGGCAUUUUAUGUCGGUACUUUCGAGUAUUCUCUACUCCAAUCGCUAUUAAUCCUUUUGCUGUUGAUGACUUAAUAAUUUCAGCAUGUAUCUUGCAUAAUAUGCUUCGAAAUUCAAAAAUUCCAUCUCCUAAAGAAGACGAGGAUUAUACCCCACAAUUGCCCAAGAAAAAUAUAAUACCAAUAUCAUCAUCAUAUGCCAGAAGAUCAUCCACAGCUGCAAAUUCUGUGAGGGACACCUUCAAAAAUUAUUUCGUUGGACCACAUGGAUCAGUGCCAUGGCAAAAUGCAAAGGUGCAGAGAAUGGAAUGAUCAUGCUCUUAUUCCAUAUAAUUGGAAAUUAUAUUAUAUAUUAAAAAAAUAUAUACUCACCACUUUUUUUCAUUCUCACCCCUAUUUCUUUCCAAAUAUUAUUUUUGACCACCAAAUCUUUGUA